AUGUUUGAAGAUCCUAAAUUUUAAGUACAUUGUAAAAAAUACCAUCAAUAAGUAAAAUGUAAUCCUUUCCAGCACAAAUUUUAUUAAUUUUUAUCUAUAAGCUGUUUACAAUGUAUGGUGUUUCUGAAUUUCCUAUUGGUGUUUGACCCCAUGUCCAUAAUUUUCCUGAAUAAUCAAGACCGCAUGCAAGAUGAGAGGAAAGAGACACCUAUUUAAAAUCUGUAGCAAUUCUACUAGGAAUAGGUAAAAAGUAUAUCUUUGAAAUUCCAAGAGUGCCAUAAUGAUUCUUAUCGUCUCCAAAAGAAUACACCUAUCCAGAAUAUGA